AUGCAAGUCAACGGCGUGGAGCUCGUGAGCGACUGCGCGAUCGAGCUCAACCACGGGCGACGGUACGGCGUGUUAGGCGUGAACGGCUGCGGGAAGAGCAACCUCCUCGCCGCGCUCGCGAAUCGCGAGGUGCCGAUCCCCGAGCACGUGGACGUGUAUCACCUGAGAGAGGAAGCGGAGCCGACGGAACGCACCGCGCUCGAGGCGGUCGUGGAUCACAUCAAAGCCGAGGUGAACCGCCUGCAGAAGCUCGAGGCCGCGGUCCUCGCGGAGGGCGGACCCGGGGACGAGCGCUUGCAGCCGCUGUACGAGCGCUUAGAAGAGCUCGACCCGGCGAUGUUUGAAGCGCGUGCGGCGGAGCUGCUUCACGGGUUGGGCUUUGACCGGCCGAUGAUGCGCCGCGCGACGAAGGACAUGUCCGGCGGGUGGCGGAUGCGCGUCGCGCUCGCGCGCGCGCUCUUCGCCGCGCCCGCGCUUCUUCUCUUGGACGAGCCCACGAACCACCUCGACCUGAGCGCGUGCGUGUGGCUCGAGCAUUACCUCUCGAAGUACGACAAGUGUCUGCUCGUGAUCUCGCACUCGCAGGACUUUCUGAACGGCGUCUGCACGCACGUGAUUCGAUUAUCGAACAAACGUCUGACGUACUACACCGGCGACUACGACACGUACCAGAAGACGCUCAGGAACGAGGAGGUGAUUCAACAGAAGAAGCACGACAAAGAGCAGGCGGACAUUAAGCACCUGAGGGAGUUUAUCGCGUCGUGCGGGACGUACGCGAACAUGAUGAAGCAGGCCAACUCGAAGCAGAAAAUUCUGGACAAGAUGGAAGCGGCGGGGCUGACGCCGUCGCCGAAAGCGGACAAGACGUUCUCGUUCUCGUUCCCGGAGUGCCAUAAGCUUCCGCCGCCGGUGUUGCCGUUCAAGAACGUGUCGUUCCGGUACCCCGGCGCGGACGAGAGCGCGGGGAUGCUCCUGAAAGAUUUGGAGUUUGGCGUCGACACGGACUCGAGGAUCGCGCUCGUGGGCCCAAACGGCGCAGGCAAGUCGACGCUCCUCAAGCUCAUGACCGGCGAGAUCGAACCCGUGGCCGGGACGGUGUCGAGACACGCGUCGUUAUCCAUCGGGAGGUACCACCAGCACUCCGUGGACGUGUUAGAUCCGGGGAGUCACCCCGUGGAUUUCUUCGCGGGAACGUACGCGGCGAUGAAAAAACCAGUCGACGAGUGGCGCGGGUUCCUCGGGAAGUUCGGCAUCAGCGGAAGAGCGCAGACGACGCCGAUCGGUUUACUCUCCGACGGUCAAAAGUCGAGACUCGUGUUCGCGAUGAUUUGCGUCGGGAAGCCGAACCUCCUCCUCCUGGACGAGCCGACGAACCAUCUGGACAUCGACGCGAUCGACUCUCUCGCGGAGGCGAUAAACGCCUACGCCGGCGGAUUGGUCCUCGUGUCGCACGACUUCCGUCUGAUCGACCAGGUCGCGAAGGAGAUCUGGGUCUGCGACGGCGGCGGCGUCGAGGUGUGGAAGGACGACAUACGGGCGUACAAGCGGAAGCUCGCGAAAGCCGCGGGGCUGUGA